GGUCCUUGUUCAAAAACACAGAGCUGACCACUGUACUGAGUUCCUGUAACAACGGCAAAGCUCUAACCAUUGAAAAAAAGACAGAAGAGUCAUAUUGACGGCAUCCAUUGGUUUUUAAUUUCCACAAUGGCAGAAGGAGGAGAUGUGGAAUGGGAGCUCAGCAAAGAAAACAUCCAGCCGCUGAGGCGGGGCAGGGCCAUUUCAGCCUUACAUCAGGCGCUCAGUCAACAGCAGGAGGGAGACAGCUCUGCCAUCAACCAGCAGAGGCAGGCCUUUGAGUCUGAACUGCGAAUGUAUGAUGGAGAUGAUCCGCUUAAUGUUUGGGACCGGUAUAUCAGGUGGACAGAGCAAACAUUCCCUCAGGGAGGAAAGGAGAGCAACCUCGCCACAAUAUUAGAACGAGCCGUGACCAGAUUCACAGAAGAAAAUACAUAUUUUGACGACCCUCGCUAUGUUGAACUCUGGAUCAAAUUUGCAGAGCACUGUCCGGAACCCUUGGACAUUUACAGGUACAUUCAAGCACAGGGAAUAGGAUUGAAACGGGCAUCUCUCUACAUCGCUUGGUCUGAAGAAUAUGAGAAUCAGGGCAACUGUCGCAAAGCAGACCUGGUCUACCAAGAAGGUUUCAAGAAGGGGGCAGAGCCGCAUGAUAAGCUCCAGCAGUUUCACAAGGCUUUGCAGGCACGUGUGUCCCGACAGGUAAUGAUGAAUGUGGAGGAGGACGAUAGUGAUGAAGAGCAUAAACAACUUGAGAGAGUUUCUCUAGCUGAACUCAAAUCAAGAGGGAAGAAAAAGGCCAUCGCCCCUAUCAAUAGAGUAGGGUCUGCAAUCAGAAGUGUUCAUGCAGGCAUGCAGUCACACGCCGCCCCGGCACUCGGCAACGCCUCAAACAGUAAGCUGCUGGUCUUUGAUGAGAACAAGGCUCAUGCGGGCCCUUCAGAGCCUAAGCUGGAGGCUUGGAUGGCCCCUCCCACUUCAAAGGCAAAGGAAAACGAGCAGAAACCUGGAGUAUGGUGUGACGUCAAGAUACCCCAGAAGACUAAAUUUGGACAUACCGUUAUGGCCCCACCGCCUCCAAAACCUGCUUUCCAACCAUUUGUAGAUGAAUCGGAUCAGCCUCCAACAAUGACUCCAUGUAAGAUCAACCCGGCAGUGAACACGGUUUUAUCAGCCCGUAAGCCCUGCAGAGAGGAUACUCCUCUGAAGAGACUACAGGAUCACCAUCAGCAACAUAAUGAAGCGGUAUCGGGAAAACGCCAGGAGCAGAGCAUGUACUGUAAAGAGCUGCUGCUCAGCGGCGCUACUGAAUUCUGCUUUGAGGAACUGCGUGCAGAACGCUACUUCAAAAAGAUGAGACAGGAGGUCGGAGGUCAAAAGGAUGAAGCCAGUGCCAGUGCUUCAAACUGAUGCGUCUUCGAAGACUGACAAUUUGAUCGCCCUUCUUUUAUAUGAAUCUUUACCUUAAUUUAGCCAAAAGGUUAUCUACAAAUAUCAUGUAGUGACUGCUGUGUAUUGUUUGUUAUUUUGUUGUAAAUAUUUCUUUUUUUAUAUCCAGCUGCUCAGAAAUGGAAAAGCCAAAGGGGCGAGGUUUCUUUGAAAGAAAUACACAGUAUUUCAUGUUUUGAUUUAUAACAAUAUGACAGGGGUAUCCUAUACAAUGUAAUUUAAUCCAGUACAAAAUACCACACUUUGUACUAUAGCAAGGAAACAAUAUUCACAAAAAUGUUUUGCAAUCAAAAUAAGUAACACAGGCUUCAGAGUAGUACAUACUGGAUUAUACUAUAUAGUUAAUACUAAACACAUUUGUUCACCACAGCCUCUGCCACAGAAAUACUUCUCACUUUCUCCCUACUUACACCAUUUAUCCUAUCCUAAGUACAUUGUUUAAGAAUAGUAUUGUUUUAUAUGGGCUACCUUCUUAGAUGACUGUCUUUUUCAAUAUUUGUUGGGAAAAUGUUUCGGUACAUUUCCAAAACAGCUGUAACACGGUUUUAGUGAGGUGAUUUUACUGGGUUCAAGGCCUUGUUUGUUAUUGGUGUUCAAUAAACUAGUGAACUACUU